AUGUCCGUCUUGCAAGUUGAAGAUCUGGUCUCUUACCAAUUGAGAACGAACUAUCUAGAUACCAUAUCUGAUGGCGUCGGUGAACGUCUGAUCACUAUCAAUGAUGCCUUCCUGAACACUGCUGGAUUCAGAGCUGCUGGCUGGCGGCUGAAUCCUACGAACAUUAAACGGACCCAUUCCCCACCGAUACCUACCGCGAUAGCAUCAGAAUAUUUUCAAGCGCCGCCCAGGACUACGCUGACCGAUACGGGCCUGGAAGAUGAUAUCGAUGAGGGAGGCCUGGUAACUGGAGGUGGAGUGGAUACUGUUGGGCCUGGGAUAGCUACGAAGAGACGCCGCAGACGAGAACAGAUGGAAGAGGAAGAUAGCAGUGACUUGAGUGACGAUAGUGAUGAUGAUGGAGAUCAACGAGCUGCGCAACAGAUCAAAUUCUCGAAGAUGCCCAUCCGGAACCGUUCUGGCUCUUCUCCUAUUCGUGGUUCCUACCUACGGCAGUCGUCAACGGUCACAUCCCCGACCCGGGGUCCCGCAGGACAAGUAAGGAGGGGAUCUCAAUCGGCACUGGAAGCUGUUAAGGAACGAGCCAGGAGAGAUACUGUGACCAGCAGUGAGAUGUCAUCUGAAAACGAGUUUGAUGCCUCGGCAUUUCAAAGGCAGAGAGAUGCCACCAGGAACGCCACCAAGGCCAGCAGGGCUUUGCUGCGACAUACUUCGGAUCCGAACGUAGGCAUGAAGAAACAGGAACGCGAUCUACUUGAGGAAGAGGAGGAAGAUUCUGAUGGUUCAGGAUCGGAUAUGGACUCAGACUUUGCAGGCAGCAUCGACUCUGCGUCUCUCCUAGCUGGUGUAAACAGUCCUGUGAAUGCUUCGCCGACGACUCAUGUUAUUGGUACCCUGCCCAGAGGUCUACAAAGAGUUCCAACGAAAAAAUCGAAACCUGCGCCUCCGGUGCUCCAAGCGCUCCCACCCCCAAGACCAAUCAGUAUAAUUCAACCAAGGAGUCUUCUCUCUGCUGCUAUCAAAGCAAAGAGGACCAAGGCUUCUGCGCCAUUUGAAUCUUUUGCAUCACUCUCAGGACAGGGAGAGCCAAAUCCAUUGUAUCUACGUAUCUGGGCGCCGUUUUCAACUUCUACUUCGAAGCCAUUUGAGGUUAUUAUUCGAAGGAGUGUCCACGAAAACGAAGUGAAUGACCGACCUGUUGCUGUUGCGGAUCUCAUUGGACUAAGCCUUUGGAGGUAUACAGAAGAGAAGUUGGAGCCACCUAUUCCGGUUGAAAAGCUAAAUGUUAAUCAUUGGACUCUACGCAUGGUAGAAGAUGAGGAAGUUGAUUACGAUUUCCCAGCAUUGGACCGAGGGAAGCCUAUUGUUGCAUUUACUACGGCCAAUAACCGAGCUGCAAGAUCACGAUCUAAUUCCAAGCCAUACGAUGAGUUUGCUCUGGUAGCCGCCACUGAUGAGCAGUUCCAAGAGAACCAGACCAUCACUCCCCAAUUCAAGCAGGAAGCUGUUGCGUCAUCGGGCGACGAUGACUUUGUGCCCACCAAAACUUCUUCGUUACCAUCAAUGCCUUUCGCAGGAACUCAACCACGGCAGAAUCCAUUGCUGACUACAAUGUCUGCUCUGCGACAUAAUGCCACUCUUGCAGAUUCGCCUAGCAUCGGCACUGUCACUACACCAGCCACGAGGAACAGCAUCAAGAAAUUGCUUCGAGUUCACAUCCACUCAGCAGAUGCUGCUCCCGGGCAGAUGAUAACGCUGGAUGUGACAACCGACACGUAUUUGGCUGAUGUCCUUGAUAUCAUCUGCAAAAAGCGACAGCUCGACAAGGCUAAUCACGUGCUCAAACUGACAGGUUCUGGCACUGUAGUCCUGCUGGACCGUACAGUGGAUUCUAUUGGGAACCGCACAGAUCUUGACCUGUAUCGUCGUCGAUUCGCAACUGAUGGGCCUCUGACGAUGUCUGGAUCUCCCAGCAGCAGCUCGCCAAAAAUACCAAUGCUAUCAGAACGUCCCAGCUUCCAGAGAGUCCGAAAGGGGUCAUUGCUAAACACACAUCCUCUUGCCCAAGAAGCUAUCAAGCAGGAUGAAAUGGGCAGUGCCAAUUACCGAAAAUACAUCGUCUGGCGCAAGCAGCCUAUGCGAUUCGUGGGCCUGAACGAGAGAAUACUAGCAAUCGAUGGCGAAUACCUGCAUAUUAUGCCAACCUCAACAGGCAAGACGAUGUUUGAAGGCCAAGGCAAGACAACAACGGUUCAUUUCAGCAAAGUUGUCGGAUGCAAAGUUACGAGGAGGCAUCCGACUAAUUUCAAGAUCGUGAUAUACAAAACUACUGAGACGAAGCGAUAUGAUUUCGAAGCCAAGAGUGCCGAUGAAGCAGCAGAGAUCGUCUUUGAGAUCAAGAAAGGAAUCUCGCCAUAUCACAAUAUAUGA